UUUCAGUCGAUUAAGUUUAUGGUUACCCACACUAUUGUGUAAUUAAAAAUUUCAAAACUCAUGAGUAAUUAUUUACUCGGCUAACACGAUUAUCGCACCGCUUCUGUCGUGUCUUACUUUUUUAUCUAUCGAUACUAGUGUGAAUGACUAAUAAAGAUAAAGCAUCGAAAAAAAAACCUGCCAAGAUAAUUCAACUGUAAAGAGGUAGGUCUUUUAACAGUUUGUAAGUUACCAAUAACUCGAGCACUACAUUUAUGUGCAAACUUGUAUUCGUGGAAAAAGGAGGAUUUAUAAGAAAUACCACGUGAUAGCCCAUCAUGUUGAGGCGAACAAGAAUAAACAAGUCCAUCGAAAUGGAGACCGACGAGUUAGUUUGUGGGACAACAAUAAACUCGUUGAAUGACGAUUGCUUGUUGCACAUAUUUCGAUUUCUAUCCAUAAAAGACCGCAUGAGAAUGAGCAGAGUAAGCAAACGUUGGAAAACAACGAGCGAUGAGUCUUGGUCUUACGUUAAAACGCUGAACAAAAGUAGUAUCGAGUGGGCCUUCAAAUGGAAAGACAAAGAAUGGAAGAGACGCAACCAAUUGGUAUUCAUAAAAAUUUUACAGUCAUGUGGACGUUAUCUUACUCAUCUCGACUUUUCUGGCCUACCAGUGAACAACAGUGUGUUAGACAAUAUCGGUGAACUGUGCUCCAACGUGAGAACCAUUAAGUUCAGCAAUGUGCCAUUGUCCACUGGCAUAGUCAAGUCCAUGUCAGCCAAUUGUCGGAAUAUCGUGGAAUUUAGUUUUUGUGAGCUGGAUAAUGAUUGCACGGAAGAUAAGCUGUGCAACUUUUUCAAGGGCUGUGAUAAGCUCGAGUGCUUGGAGGUGUCACGAGCUAGUGGUUUGACUGGAAAGUUUUUGUGGAGCCUUCCAACAGAGUGUGUUCGGAAAAUUACCGUACAAAACUGCAGAGCUCUCUCACAUAAUUUUACUGAUAAAGUCUUUGGAAGGUUUCCCAACCCUCAAAGUCUAUGUAUAACGCAUUCUUCCAUAAAAACUAUAUCAAAUCUGUCAGGAAACUUGAAAAAUCUGAAGCAUGACUUGAAAAUCACCGAGUCCAAGGUCCUAUCACAGUUGAGGAAUCUCGAAACACUCGACGUUUCAGGCGAAACCGUAACAGACGCCUUUUUGACGGGCUUGGUACAAACAUCCAAGGACUUAUUGGACUUAACACUAAGAAAUAGUCCCAUAACUAGAGCUGGGCUUCGGGCCAUUGUAAAUCUGCCCAAGCUCGAAACUCUACACCUCGACAAUGCGACGAUCGUUAAGUGUCUGGGUUCCACUUAUCCACCGGCGCUGAGGAAAUCGAAUUCAAAUUCGAACAUAUGCAACGAACUUUUCAACGAAGAUUUGGUCUCCUGCGACAUUUAUGGACGCGUCGAUGGUACGAUGUUUACAAACAAACGGCUUCCUUUGCGAGUGAAAGUUUUUAGAACGCAUCCCGGUGAUGCCCUAGAAGAGACGGAAGUGCGUUGCAAGAGGUUCUGCGUGACCGCUUUCGUGUGUUCGUUGAAGAAAAAUGUCCGACAGUUCGAGAGAAGACUUCGCAUGUGAUACACUUAAUUGAUGUACUUAACCGAUGUAACUGUAUUGGGAUCCGAACAACGGAUGAACAAAAGGGCUUUCAAAAACCACCACCUUACGUAAUUUUACACAGUGGUAUGGUGCUAGUAUCUCAGAGCCACCUGUUGACUUGUUGAGGCUUAGAAAAACCGCCACCUUAUGUAAAUUUUACAUGGGCUAUUGGCGCUGGCGGCGUUAUUCAAUCCCAAUCCCCCAAUACUUAUAUGGUUCUGAGCAAUCCAUGUUACAAUGAUUUCUGAAUAACUUAGCUGUAAGAGAAGCAUUAUUCUCUUCUUUUUUCUCAUGACGUGUAUAUAAAAUUCACAGUAAAAUUUGAUUUUUAUCAAAGAAUUUUUGAUAUUUUUAGCUCAUAUCGUGGGAUUGUGUUGUGAAAGAAUUUUGAAGCUUAAAAUUGUACAUACAUUUUUGAACCACCAUCAAUAGGAUGAUAGUUUUAUGAUGUUAUGAUAACUUAUACUUUGUUUAAAACGCGUUGAAAUGUUAAUUAUAACGUCAUUGGUUAUAGGAUCUGCCAAAAUAUGGUUACAAUCGUUACAAGACUUUUCGAAAAUUAUGACUGUCGAAGGACCAAAAAAUCAUAACAAUCCUGCUCGUUGAACUAUGAUCACAAUAUUUGUAGUAGCUUAUCAUCUACUCAUUAAGUUGUCUACUAAGUAAAUUUGUUAAGUUACUAGUAGCAUUAUGAUAAUUUUUUUGAAAAAAUUUGUAAACUAACUACUAAGUACUUUAUGAAGAUUAGUUUCUAAAAAAUAGAAAGCUGGCCAGGCUUACCUACUUAAUGAAUGAAUUUUUCAUAAACUUAAUAGCGAAUUUCAUAUAAUGAUUGUCUUAAAACUUCUCACAGUCUACAAGUGGUAAUUUGAUGUGUUAGUUAUUAUAUUUAAGCUACAAACUACAUGCACAUCUUUCUUAUGGUGUAUUAAAUGUACAUAGUUAUGUAAAUAAACAAUUCCAAAUUUUAAGAUUCCAAAAUCUAUUUUGUACGUAGUUUUGUAAAACGUGAUGUUCUUUUUAAGGACAUUCCCUCAGGGUUAGGAGAGUUAGAAAAUCAGUUUCUCUUGAGUUUCUUUGAAAAAUACAAUUUUUAAUGAUUGAAGCGUGUUUAAUUAUCGUAUGAGUGUUAAAAUAGUAAUAUAAAACAUUAUAAAAUUUGAAUACUUACUACAAGAAACAUGAUAAGUGAUACUACAAGAAACAUUUACAUUAUAUACCAAGAACAUAACAAUACAGAUACAAAUAUAACAUUGGAGUGAAUCUUUGAGUGGAUAUAAUUCAAUUUAAAGUAGGAGAGCUAAGAGCUUGUUGUGACAGAGGUAAGAAGUAACACGCUGUUUUAGCUGAAUGUAUAAAUUUUAUGUCAUAUGUUUUUGUAUUAAUUUAAUUUCUAUAUCAUGUAGAAUAACCGUAUUGCGGUCAAUGUUCUGUCUAUAGACAACCCAGUGAGUAGAUGUGUGCAAGUGCUUCAAUUUGGUUAGGUUGCGUUAAAUUUUAACUUUAAUAAAUUUCGAUUUUCAUAGCUGUAUUUUAUCAAUUUUCAGAAGUAAACGUGCACAUAGCUUUAAAGAAUAUUUGAUUUCAAUAUUCCGUCGAAAAGUUUUGCGCGAAGUUAAAUUGUUUUAAAAAUUUCAUACUAAAUGUAGAAAAUCAUGCUCUGGGGCAUGUUGUUAAUAUCUUGGGGCAAAUUUUAACAUGUUACAACUGACCCAAGUAUUAUCUCCACCGUACUUGUACCGAUUAUUUAUGUUUAUUACUAUGUUUUUGUUUUAGGAUAUGAAAUUAUAAAAGAAAGACUGUAUUUCGUGUAAAAAGUGGGCACGUGCUAAAUGUGCUGCAAAUGAUGUUGUAUCAUACCUAUGUGUAUAAAUUAUUACUCAGAUGAAGACUGAAUUUAGUCAUUAAUAUUGUAUUAGGUUCUUAAAUGCUGUGAGUUUAAGAAAUAAUAUCUAA